AUGAAUUUUGGAGCCUGGAAUAUAAGAUGUCUAAAUAAAGUGUUUAAGCAGAAGGAGGUGCUUGAGGUUAUUAAAAAUAAUAAUUUGGAUAUGUGUGGUAUUUUGGAAUCACAUGUGUCUGUUUGGAAGCUGAAGAAAAUUUGUGACAAAAUAUUCAAGAGAUGGGAUUGGGUUUCUAAUUGUAAUUCUUGUGUUAGGGGUACUAGAAUUAUAGUUGGAUGGAAUGUUAAUAAGUUUGACCUUAUGGUUCUUGGUCAAUCUAAUCAGGUCCUGCACUGUAUGGUGAGACAUUUGGAUUCCAAUGAAGAGUUUUAUGUUUCAUUCAUAUAUGCUGCUUCUAGUUAUUUGGAAAGGAGGUUCCUGUGGAGCAGUCUUGUAAAACAUAAAAUUGUGGUGGAUAAUAAGGCCUGGGUGAUGCUUGGUGAUAUUAAUGUUGCUCUUAAGCCUUCGGAAUAUUCUAAAAGUACUUCCAGAAGUCCGGAAGGGGUUGAUGACUUUAUUGAGUGUAUCAAUGCUAUUGAGGUGGAGGAUAUUAAAGGUACAGGGCUUCAAUUUACUUGGACAAAAUCUCCUUCUGGGGAACGUGGGUUACUCAAGAAACUUGAUCGUAUCAUGGUCAAUUUUAAGUUUUUGGAGAAGUUCCCGUUGGCUCAUGCUAUAUUCAAACCGUAUAGGAUUUCUGAUCAUAGCCCAACAAUCUUAUCUAUUCCUUGUUGUAUACCUAAGCGGUCUCAUUCGUUUAAAUUUGUUAAUUUCAUUGCUGAUUAUGAUGAAUUCCUUCAUUUAGUUGAGGAGGUAUGGAGAUUAAAGGUUGCUGGAGGAUUCAUCUUUAAUGUUACGCUGAAGCUCAAGCUUUUAAAGAAACCCUGUCGAAGGCUUUUCUGUAAUUCUUAUAUUUCAGGAAAGAAGUUACAAUUAUUAAGAGACAAAUUAGAUAAUUUGCAAGUUGAUAUUGAUAAUAAUCCACAUAAUUUGUCUCUGAGGCGUGAGCAUGCCAAGUUGUUAAUGGACUAUAAUAUGGCUUGUGAGAAUGAGGAGAAGUUUCUAUUGCAAAGGGCUAAAGUUAAAUGGUUGAAAGAGGUGAUAGAAAUACGAGUUUUUUUCAUAAAAUUGUCAAGCGCCAUGUAA